AUGCCCUUCGCGCAGCUGGUUAUUGGCCCUCCUGGCGCGGGCAAGUCUACCUAUUGCAAUGGCAUGCACCAGUUCCUGGGUGCCAUCGGCCGGAAAUGCUCCGUCGUCAACCUGGACCCCGCCAACGACAAGACCUCCUACCCGUGCGCGCUGGACGUGCGCGACCUGGUAACCCUGGAGGAGAUUAUGGACGAAGAUAAGCUAGGGCCGAAUGGAGCGACAUUAUAUGCGUUGGAAGAGCUAGAAGAGAACUAUUCGUGGUUGGAAGAAGGGCUGAAGGAGCUAGGAGAUGACUACGUCUUAUUUGACUGCCCCGGUCAAGUCGAGCUCUUCACGCACCAUUCAUCAUUACGGAAUAUCUUCUUCCAGAUUCAAAAGCUGGGCUACCGGUUAAUCGUCAUCCACCUCAUUGAUUCGUACACCCUCACCCUUCCCUCAAUGUACAUUUCCGCGCUCCUCCUCUCUCUCCGCGCAAUGCUGCAACUCGACCUACCGCACCUGAACGUGCUCACCAAAAUUGACAACCUCUCCAACUACACCAACCUCCCUUUCAACCUAGACUUCUACACAGAAGUUCAAGAUCUAAAUUACCUCCUCCCCCACCUGGAAGCCGAGUCCUCGCGUCUGGCAAACACCAAAUUCAGCGCCCUGAACACCGCGAUCAUCGAUCUGGUCGAGGAGUUCGGACUCGUCGCGUUCGAGACGCUGGCCGUCGAGGACAAGAAAAGCAUGAUGACCUUGCUGCGGGCGAUCGACCGCGCCUCAGGAUACGCCUUUGGCCCCGCCGAGGGCGCCAACGACACCGUUUGGCAGGUCGCCGUGCGAGAAGGAAUGGGCAUCACGGAUGUACGGGACGUGCAGGAGCGCUGGAUCGACUCGAAGGAUGAGUACGAUGCUAUGGAGCGAGCGGAGCUCGAGGAGGAGGCGAGGAUGCGAGAUGCGGCGAGUCAAGCUGCAAUGGGGGUGGAUCCUGGAAAUGCAGACGAGGACGCCGACGAUGAAGAAUGGGCUAAGUGGGACGGACCGCUGCCGGAUAGCGGGGUGACUGUGAAACGCAAGUCAUGA